AUGGGCUUCGUGCCGAACACGCCGUCGCUUCCCGGGUCAACUGAUAUGGGGCCCCAUAGCCUUGCCGACAUCGAAGUCCGCGAGUCACGCAGCAAUUCCUACGAUUCUACAAACUCCACCAGGUCCGUUGGGAGCACUCUCCGGAGAGAGCAGAAGAAGAAGAAACGCCAGCAGGAGCUUCGCGGCUUUCUGACCAAGCACGGCUUCGGCGAGGAUGUCAACGCGCCGAAGCAGCCGCAAGGUUGCUUCUUCCCCUUCCUCAGGAGGGAGACCCUGUACCCCCUGCACGUCGCAGCGAAGCUCGGCGACGGGGCCAUGGUCAGGGCUUUGCUCGCGGAGGGCGCGGACCCAGAACAGCGGUCAUCAAAGGGGCGAACGGCCGAGGACCUGGCCAGGCAAGAGGAUCGAGAUGGCAGCCAUGUUGAGGUUCUGGUCUUGCUCGAAACACCGGUGCGGUUCGUGAAUGCUCGGGCUGCGAAGGAGCUGAUGGUGGGGAUCAGCUUGACCUGCGAGACGAAGAUUCCAUGA